CAAUGCUCAGAAUAACCUGGAGGAGCCAUGGGGCAGAUGGAGGGGACUCUGCUCUGGAUACUGCUUCUUCAAGGGCUUUUGGGCCUUGGAUGGGGGAAGAGUGAAGAACUUCGACUUUAUCACCAUCUCUUCAGUAACUAUGACCCUACCAGGAGGCCAGUGAGGUGGCCAGAAGAAAAAGUCUCUGUCAAUUUCAAGGUCACCUUGACCAACCUCAUCUCCUUGAAUGAGAAACAGGAGACUCUCACAACCAGUGUUUGGAUUGGAAUUGACUGGAGUGACUAUCGACUCAACUACAGCAGUAAGGACUUUGGGGGCAUCACAACCCUGAGAGUUCCUGCUAACCUUGUAUGGCUCCCUGACAUCGUGCUGGAGAACAACAUAGACGGCGUGUUCGGAGUGGCCUACGAAGCCAAUGUGCUGGUGAGUGAAGGUGGCUUUGUGAGCUGGCUCCCCCCAGCCAUCUACCGCAGCACCUGCGCAGUGGAAGUCACCUAUUUCCCCUUCGACUGGCAAAACUGCUCCCUAGUGUUUCGGUCUCAGACAUACAGCGCUGCAGAAGUGGAAAUUGUUUUCUCGGAGGAGUCUGGCCAGAUUCUAAACAAAAUCCAGAUUGAUGAGGAGGCCUAUACGGAGAAUGGCGAGUGGGCUAUCGAUUUCUGUUCUGGGCAGAUCUGGUACCAUGAUGACCGCUCAGUGGAUGAUGCAGGGAACAUUGAAGUCAUCUACACGCUCAUCAUCCGUAGGAAGCCCCUUUUCUACGUCAUCAAUAUCAUCGUGCCCUGUGUUCUCAUCUCAGGCCUCGUACUCCUAGUCUACUUCCUUCCCGCGCAGGCGGGUGGGCAGAAGUGCACAGUCUCCAUCUCGGUCCUCCUGGCCCAGACCGUUUUCCUGUUCCUCAUGGCUACAAAAAUCCCAGAGACUUCUCUGAGCGUCCCGCUGUUGGGGAGGUAUCUCAUUUUCGUCAUGGUGGUAGCCGCACUGAUUGUCAUGAAUUGCGUCAUCGUGCUCAACGUGUCCCUAAGGACGCCAAACACUCACAUCAUGUCCCCUCGGUUACGUUAUGUUUUCUUAGAGCUCUUGCCAGGUCUUUGGGGUUCUAUGCCACCUCCACCGACGCCAGGAGCGGGUUCUUCCCAACGGAGGGCUUCCUCCCUGGGAAUUCUGCUCCGUGCGGAGGAAUUGAUCCUGAGGAAGCCCCGGAGUGAGCUGCUAUUUGAAGGGCAGAGACAUCGGCAUGGGCCGGGGCCAGCUACUUCCACUGCCGCACUAUGUCAGAGUCUGGGAACUGCAGCAUCAGAGAUUCGUUGCUGUGUAGAUGCGGUGAACUUCUUAGCGGAAAGCAUGCGGGAGCAGGAAGACUCUGGGGAGGAAGUUUCCAGCUGGGUCCUCGUGGGAAAGGCCUUGGACAACGUCUGCUUCUGGGCAGCCCUGGUGCUCUUUGGGUUUGGCACAGGCCUCAUCUUUCUUGGGGGUCACCUGAAUCGAGUGCCUGACCUGCCUUUCCCCCCUUGUAUGUAGACUGCCCUUUUGACUAGGUCUCUUCAUCUUGAGCCUUGUGGCCAGUCCCAUCAUGAAAUAAAACCAUCAGUGACCAUAGUCAUUAAGGCCCAAGUGAAAAGGAGACUUCCCAUAUUUCACUUCCGCCUCCCCAAAAUCUUCUUGGACUUCUAGAUUUGUGCUGACCCACUUCCUUUACUUAGUUAUUUUUGUUCCAUUGACAAUGACUCACACUGAGGCCUCUCUCUUAUUCUGUAGUAUAAGGACCUCAGCAGCCUCCUGACCCAUAUAUGAAGCAGCCCAGGCUCCACUAACCCCUGGCCUCCCACCAUGAAUCCCCUGAAUUAUGACCAAAGCCUUUUAGCCUGUAUUAAAGUCUCUUUUCCCAGUGGAUGAGAGUUUGAAUAUUAACUAGCCUACCACUUUCCCAGGCAUUCCCCUUUUGACUCCCCACCCCCAAUCAACACCAACAAUAAUAGUAAUAAUAGCUAGCACUUAUAUAGUGCUUUAAUGUUUGCAAAGCACUUUGCAUGUUACCUCAUCUGAUCCUCACAGCUCUAUGAGCUAUUAUGUCCAUUUUAAAGAUGAGGAAACAGAGGCACAGAGAGGUUAUGUGAUUUGUCCCAGGGUCACACAGGUAGUGUGACCAUACUCUAUCCAAUGAACCAUCUAAUCUUGACCAACCUGAACACCAAGCCCAAGUUCCCAGUUCCCUUUUCCCCCACCAAAAAACAUCCCAUCUUGCUUGACCCAGACAAUCCUAUAAAAACCCACUAUGUGUGCAUUACUAGUUUUGGCCCUCCUUCCAGAGCACACAGUGGACCUGACCUGUUUCCAUCUUCCUUGACUGCUUCUUGUAUAUUUCCCCUCAAUAAAACUUGCUUCUGCUGACUGCCCCCUGGAAUGGUGUUUUGUCUUGUGGUGUUUGACCUUUUGGCCACAUCUUUUCCUGCUGAGGACAACAGACAGCAGUGAGGUGGGAAGCCCUGCCCUGGCUAUGAGGCCCAUUUGGCCUGAUAGUUGGUUAGCAGAGGUUAGAGGUAGGGAAAGGUGGGUAAUCAGAGCUUCCUAGGAGAAAUUGGAUAACUACUUCCCCCAUCUCUCUU